GCGAGAGAGAGCGAGAGAGAGAGAGAGAGAGAGAGAGAGAGGUACAGAGAGAGAGAGAGCGAGAGAGAGCGAGAGAGAGAGAGAGAGAGAGAGAGAGAGAGAGAGAGAGAGAGAGAGAGAGAGAGAGAGAGAGAGAGAGAGAGAGAGAGAGAGCGAGAGAGAGCGAGAGAGAGAGCGAGAGAGAGAACAAAAGAGACAGACUGACAGACAUCUAGAACACUGGAAUAUCUCUUCGUCUUUCGACCUACAGCGUUCUUUAACAAUGGAGAAAAGGGACUUCAGUGAGAUCUCCGACACGUGCAAGUGGGAGUCACCAGAUUACGAGCCAUGGUUUCCUUUGUCGGAGAAGUCCAACCCCCUGACUCGUGACAUCGACAAGUCCUCGCCCAAUCAUAUUGUCCGUCUGCUGGCAGCCUGCGACGCACAGAUGUUCCAAAAGGACACAGGAACCACCUACCAGAGGCUGUUCAGUGACAGUGUGGUGUUGACCAUGCUGGAGGUGGCCAGGGCAGUGGAGCAAAUUCUCAGGGACCCAGAGGAUAGUCUGGUUGUGUUGAGUGGUUGUGGAACCUCCGGUCGCUUGGCCUUCCUUAUGGCGUCAUGUUUUAACAGAGCCCUGAGAGACAGGCAGCAGAACAUUGUUUACUCUUAUAUCAUUGCUGGGGGAGACAGAGCCCUGCUCACAUCCCAGGAGGCAUCAGAGGAUGACCCCAAACUAGGCAUGCUCACACUGGAGAAGCUAUGUGAAGGAAAGAGGCGUGUCCUGUUCAUCGGCAUUUCCUGUGGCCUGUCUGCUCCAUUUGUAGCAGGACAGCUGGACUUUUGUCUGAAACACCCUGACAUCUACACUCCUGUACUGGUGGGAUUCAACCCCGUCACACAGGCCAGGGAGGAGACCAUGCCAGGCUACAGUCUGACUUUCAGGGAAGUGGUCCAGAGGAUGGAGGAGCAGAGAGGUCAAAGGGCAUUCAUCAUCAACCCAGCAGUUGGGCCAGAGGCCAUCAGUGGUUCCUCCAGAAUGAAGGGGGGCAGUGCCACCAAGAUCCUACUGGAGACUAUCCUGGCAGCCGCACACACAGCUGCCUUUACCAACACACACGUCACACGCAGAGUUCUCCUGGACAUGAUGAGAGGAUAUGAGAGAGUCUAUAGUGUCACCUACAGUCACAGUGACCAGAUAGCAACACUGCUACAGACCGCAGGACUCAGCUUGCAGUGUGGUGGACGUGUGUGUUACCUGUCCUGGGGGUCUCUAGGUUUAGUGGGACUCAUCGAUGCCAGCGAGUGUAUCCCGACAUUCGGAGCAGACUAUGAGGACAUCCGAGGCUUCAUCAGUGGAGGAUACCAGGACAUGGACAACAUAGAGGGAGACCUCACAUCACUGGGAUCCCAGUUCUGUAUAGCCCAUGAGGACUUUGUGAGUCUGGUUCUGCCUACUUUGAGUGACAGAGACACCGUCCUACUGCUAUACACAUGUCAUGAUGACGUUGGUGAUGUAGAGAAGAUGGUCCACAGAGUGAGAGAGAAGACCUCCAACCUACACUCUCUCUAUCACGGACUAGAGGGAGACACCGCUGUUGACAGCAUUGGUCUCCUGUGUUCAUCUGUCCUCAACAUAACCUGGCCCUCCUCCUCUACUGUCCACAUGUGGGAGCUGUCCAGUAAGUUGGUGCUGAAUGCUGUGAGUACAGGAAGUCACAUUUUAAAGGGAAAGAUCUACAGGAACCACAUGGUAGACCUACAGGUCACCAACAGCAAACUGUACCACAGGGCUAUACACAUACUACAGAAGUUGUCAGGUGUCUCCCUGACCCAGUGUGAGGAGGCUCUAUUGAAGGCCAUCUAUCAUGUGGAGCAACUUCCAGAGGACAUCACCUCAGCUGGGGUCACCACACACACUCACCGCCAGCCGCAGGAACAGGGUGGUCCCACUGGCGUUAGUCUGUCUGCUGAUUGGUUGCUCUCUCUCUGAGGCGGAGUCUCGUCUGGAGUCCCACCCAGUGGUGCGUGACGCUGUAGAGGCUUGUCUGACAUCAUCACCAGGAGACCAGAACUCCACAAAUCAUUGACUUCCUAUAGUUGGAAACUUUAUGAUACUAUAGUAUUAUAAUUAUACUAUACUUUGAUUAACUAUACUUUAAUAAUAUGUUUUGAUAAGAUCAGUUCGUAACCUCUAAAGGAAUGUGGUGGAUGUAACCUUAAAGUUCAUUUAUCUUCCAUUUACGAACAUAAAACACUACAUAGUAUGAUAACAUUCAGAAAGUAUUCAGACCCAUUGACAUUUCCCACAUUUUGUUACGUUACAGUCUUAUUCUAAAAUGGAUUAAAAAUAAUUUAAAAACCUGCAAUCUGUACACAAUACCCCAUAAUUAUAAAGUGAAAACAGGUUUGUAGAAGGUUUGCAAAUGUAUAAAAAACAAACAGAAAUAGCUUAUUUACAUAUGUAUUCAGACCCUUUGAUAUGAGAAUCGAAAUUGAGUUCAAGUGCAUCCUGUUUCCAUUGAUCAUCCUUGAGAUGUUUCUACAACUUUACCUGUGGUAAAUUCAAUUGAUUGGACAUGAUUUGUAAAAGGCACAUACCUAUCUAUAUAAGGUCCCACAGUUGACAGUGCAUGUCAGAGCAAAAACCAAGCUAUGAGGUCGAAGGAAUUGUCCGUAGAGCUCCGAGACAGGCACCAUCCCGAUUGGUGAAGCAUGGUGGUGGCAGCAUCAUGCUGUUGGGAUGUUUUUGAGCUGCAGGGACUGGGAGACUAGUCAGGAUCGAGGAAAAGAUGAACAGAGAAAAGUACAGAGAGAUUUGUGAAGAAAACCUGCUCCAGAGUGCUCAGGACCUCAGACUGGGGCGAAGGUUCACCUUACCGUAAGCACACAGCCAAGACAACGCAGUAGUGGCUUCGGGACAAGUCUCUGAAUACCCUUGAGUUACCCAGCCAGAGCCCGGACUUGAACCCGAUCAAACAUCUCUGGAGAGACCUGAAAAUAGCUGUGCAGCAACGCUCCCCAUCCAACCUGACAGCACUUGAGAGGACCUGCAGAGAAGAAUGGGAGAAACUCCCCAAAUACAGGUGUGCCAAGCUUGUAGCAUCAUUCCCAGGACUUGAGUCUCUAAUCGCUGCCAAAGGUGCUUCAACAAAGUUCUGAGUAAAGAGUCUGUAUAUUUAUGUAAAUUUGAUAUUUCCAUUUUUUAUUUGUAAUAAAUUUUCAACAAUAUAUAUAUAUAUAUAUAUUGUUUUGCUUUGUCAUUAUGGGAUGUUGUGUUUAGAUUGACGAGGAUAAAAAAAAAAUAUUUAAUACAUUUUAGAAUAAGGCUGUAACAGUUCAUCUUUCAAUCACCCAUGUGGGUAUAUGAGGAGAUGGGAGAGGUGGGACUCGCAGCUCAUCAAGCGUCACAAAUUGAACCAAGUUCUAUUUUAGCGCCUGGCUACGCAGACGAUCCUGGUUACACGUGAGCAGUGUGGGUGCAAUGAUUGAAUAACAUGUAUGUGUAAAUUUAAUUUGCACAUACAGCAGACUGUAACCAUGUCACUGUAACCAUGACAACAAGGUAGCACCAGAGGGCAGUAGAACAGCAGACUGUAACCAUGACAAUAAGGUAGCACCAGAGGGCAGUAGAACAGCGGACUGUAACCAUGACAACAAGGUAGUGCCAGGGGGCAGUAGAACAGCAGACUGUAACCAUGACAACAAGGUAGCACCAGAGGGCAGUAGAACAGCGGACUGUACCCAUGACAACAAGGUAGCGCCAGCGGGCAGUAGAACAGCAGACUGUAACCAUGACAACAAGGUAGCGCCAGAGGGCAGUAGAACAGCAGACUGUAACCAUGACAAUAAGGCAACACCAGAGGGCAGUAGAACAGCAGACUGUAACCAUGACAAGUCAGCACCAGAGGGCAGUGGAACAGCAGACUGUAACCAUGACAAGUCAGCACCAGAGGGCAGUGGAACAGCAGACUGUAACCAUGACAAGUCAGCACCAGAGGGCAGUGGAACAGCAGACUGUAACCAUGACAACAAGGCAGCACCAGAGGGCAGUAGAAGAGCAUACUGUAACCAUGACAAUAAGGCAGCACCAGAGGGCAGUAGAACAUAACAUGAGAAAAUCUACUGCAACUGUAGUUGGAAACAAAGCCGUACGUUGAGUUCCUGCCUGGGUUAGAUGCGUUGGUGUUGCAUUGCAGAUUGUUAUAUCAUAUGAUGUGGUUAGCUGCUAUGUUAAACACCUAUUGAGGCGUUGUGAGAUCUGGCAUUCGUCCGCAAUGUAGUAGGGCAGGAACUCGACCGUAUAGAGACGUUGGAGCUGGACGCCACGUUGUUACCUCUGAACAUUCCAUUCACCCACUCAUGAGCUGUGAUGUUCAGACAUUUCCAUCAAUUGCUAUUAGACAAUCUUGACCGGAAACCUGUGGGCCACAUGGUUAGAAUAUCAGCACCUAUAAGCCAAUAUGUCAAAUAUCAGUGGUCGCCAACAUGUCAAAGCUGUGAUCCGACUCUAGCUAUUUGGAGUUAUCUGUGAACAAAGCCUAUGUUCUGACACAGUCCUGAGGUCUCAUUGGUUCACUUCCAGUUAUAAGAAAAUCUGUUUCAGACCGUUUUCUAAAACAAUUUCUUCAAAGCAAGUUUACCUAAACAGUCAAAGGACAUAGAACAUACUUGAGAAUAUUCUAAACUUUCCACAAUGCAUCCGUGUUUCCUGACAUUAAUCAACAUUUUAAAUGUAAAAUCUCCUGUAGGGAUCCGUCUCCCAGCGAGAUAAUAUUUAUCACAAAAAAAAGGUCCAAAUGUAUCCCACAGCAAAUGUAGCAUUGUACUUAUACUGACAGUGUCUGUUUCUGCCUUGUGUCCGUGAGGCUACGGCUCAGAUUGGACUGUGGUGUAACACAUCCUCAAUCCCUCUGUGGCAAAUUAAAAGACACACACACACACACACACACGCACACGCACACGCACACACACAUAUAUAGAGGAUUAGAGUAACAUGGGUGCUGUUCUUUCUCAGAGUGACUGAGCUGCUUUAGAUCCGGUAUCCUGGAGCCAAUGUGGCACUCCUGGUGCACUGUACACAGUACACACACUACACACACAGUACAGAUACACUACACACACACUACACACACACUACACAAACUGAACAGAAUCUAAAGGGAUCUCACUCUCCUCUUCACAAAAUAGUUAGUCUUUAUCUGAACUAGAUCUUUUACAAAAGAGUUUAAAUGUUCGAGUCAGUGGAAAUCUUAUGCAUGGUACCUUUAAGCAGCAACACAUUUCAACUAAACAGUAUUUUUCGUUUAAAAUAUUUUAUUUGAUUCAUUAUUAUACAUUAAAAUACAUUAGAAUCUUCAUUUGAAACUUUACAUGGUGUUCCCAAGGUUAUGUCACACAAGAUUGACAGCCGAACGGACCAAUAGCAGCAUAGACAUGUCCCACAGCACCACCAACCAACCAAUAGGACUUGAUUGACGCCCAAAACAAAACAAACAUAGACUGCGUAGACUGAGCCUGAGAGAAUCAUAGUGCACAUCUCUGUCUCAACCCUGUGUAAAGAUAUGUUACAGUGUAGAUAUAUAGAUGAGGACUUCGCUCUAAACUACAAGUGUCAAAGCCCAUCCUGUUUGAUCUUAUCCAUAAAUAUAUUCAAUACAUCCAGAUAACCCUUCAGUCAGGUACGACAACAACAACAACAACAAUACCAGCUGUACCGCUAAUAAUGAGAUUAAAGAUAGAGAUAUAGAUGUCUCUCUUCUCUCUCUCUUGACACCAUGGUUGCAGUAAAAGCCCAUUUAUGCUUGAUCCGAAAAAAAAAUGUGGUCGGAGGCUCUGAACGGAAGGUGUGACACAAUUGCAGAGCCUCCAGAGGCACACGGAGACCAAACUGAGCUCUGUACCGCAUAUCGCCUUGGGCCUCCCCAACUCUGUACCAAUGCGAAGGGUUCCGUAUAGCUCCUCAUUGACAUGAUUGGUUGACAAUCUCACUUCCUUGACAACAGCUCUGCGCUGCUCCGCGAUGGGCAAGAAGAAUGAAUUGCCCUGACUUCUGCAGAGACCGUAAACACCGUAAAUGGUGCUCCGGCCAAUGCAGACGUCGGAUUUGACCACGCAACGUCUUUAUUAAGACUGUAGUGAUCACCGUCCCACAUGGUUAAAUCCCGCCUGCGUCAUAUCGCUUGACAAAACAACUGAACGCAACAACACAGACGCAGAUCAGGGGUGCGUUACCUUGACAACUCAACAACAACAACCUUCACGGGUCUGACAGAAAAGCAGACACUUAAACAGGUUCGGUACUAGUGAUGAGCGAUUAACGGAAAUGUUGUACUUUUUUUUUUAGCUAUUAAACAACUAAUUGACUGAAGUCAGUUCAAUUACUUGAAUUACAUUUUUUUUGUGUGUGUGAGCCCAACACACAAAUCAUUCAAGAGAGAAAUCAAGUCAAGAACUAUGUGGGACGCUGGGCUGAAGGGAGUUGUAGUUUUCAUAGACGGGUUGGAUUCGCAACUAUGGGGCAAAACAGAGGGUUCGUAUCCAUUCUUAUCUAAUGUUUAUUGAAAACGUAAAUAAAUGUAUUGAUGAGCUAGCAAUUUUUUUUGUUGCCAUAUUAGCAUUGACAUGAAAUCAGCCAAAACAAGACAUGAUAUCAAUAAUAACGAGAAACAUCCAGAAUCCCCACACGCUAGUUUCUUGUCAUUCUUUCUAGCAAUCUGGCCAUCCAGAAUCACAACAACAGGUUGACUUCUGCCCCACGGAAGCGCGCACAUCGUUUUCGUGAUAUCAGCUAACCCAUCCAUCUAUAUUAAGCAAAUAUUCAAUUUAUUAGUUCAGUGCAGAAACAUGGGUAAUUAACUACAAUGCCCAUAAUCCAUUGCGCCCGUUCUUUCCUGCUUCUACAGAGACCGAUACACGUUUACGCCUGCUCUGUUAGGUGAGAUACACACAGACCGCAAUGUGCACAACACAAUGACAAAAGGGACAGAGACAGUUGGUGAAAGUACGUCUUAUCUUCUUUGAAGAACUAGUCAAAUUAUUUACCCAGACAGCUCUGCGGCAUACUUAGGCAGGCUAGCUAAAUAGGAUGACAAGACAGUACAGUAUGGGGAGUACAGAUAUAAUAUUAGAUGGGCUGGCUGGCAGCUACUGCCUGAACAGAUAUGAGACCAUGACUUUAAAGAAUGAAAAAUAAUAAAAGAAUUUAAUAAAACCUAAGUAAAUAUGCACAACUGAAAUAUUGUAUUUUUUCAUAGUAAUUUCAAUAUGCUCUAUUGGUGUCUACCCAAUGUGGACCUGACAGAGUCAAUGGAAUAUUUUCUACAUGUUUUGGCAAUUGAAUGUUCACUAGUUUCGGCUUUGGAAUUUCUAUUAAAGAGCAAAAUAUAUAUAUAUAUAUAUAUUUAAUUUCAUGAUUCCAUAAUGCAUUUAAAAUAUAUUUUAAUUAUCGAAAUGGGAAAAAAAACAUGAUUAUAUUUUAAUAAUAGAAACGAAACCGAACCAACUUCAAAAAGCACUAAUCGCUCAGCACUAUUCGGGUACCAAGCAUUAUAGGGAACCCUCCUUUCCUGAGAUUCCCUGAGAUUCUCUGAGAUCCUCUGAGAUCCUCUGAGAUCCUCUGAGAUCCUCUGAGAUCCUGUGAGAUUCCCUGAGAUUCUCUGAGAUUCUCUGAGAUUCUAAUGUCAGUCUUCAAACACUGAGCUUCAGAAUGACACUACAGUAAUCUUAUCAAGUAUAGAUACAUGGUUUGUUGCUUAUACAUUAUAUAAAUAUAUAGUUUGGUUGUAACUUUGAAUACAUUCCCCCAAUGCCUAUUGUCACAGGGAGGUAUAUGUUUAUGGCUAAGUGAUACAAGUUAACCUGUAUGUGAUGUCAGUACCUUGUGCUCUCAGGUUAACCUAAGAAAAGUGGUUUCUAAACUAACCAUAUUUCUGUCUGGGACCCAGGAGGAAUUGGUCUCCACUUUGAGUCCUGUUUGGGGAGAACCGGUCUAGGGUGUAAUUCUGUUUAACAACACACCUAUUCACAAACACAAAAUACGCAUGUCAUCAUGACGUCCAGAAUAUACACCCCUCUAUACAGUAGAGAAUAUACACCCCUCUAGACAGUAGAGAAUAUACACCCCUCUAUACAGUAGAGAAUAUACACCCCUCUAGACAGUAGAGAAUAUACACCCCUCUAGACAGUAGAGUAUAUACACCCCUCUAGACAGUAGAGAAUAUACACCCCUCUAGACAGUAGAGAAUAUACACCCCUCUAGACAGUAGAGAAUAUACACCCCUCUAUACAGUAGAGAAUAUACACCCCUCUAUACAGUAGAGAAUAUACACCCCUCUAUACAGUAGAGAAUAUACACCCCUCCAG